AUGUCACCCAACAGCGACAGUCGCGAUAGCAGUCCUCUGACUCACCAACCCGUUGAACCAGUUGAUCUUGUGGGUGGCUAUUACGACCAUCACCGUGGCGGAGGCUCUAGAAUGUCCAACCCUGUUCAGUCCGAUUCGACUCAGGCACCAGCACCCAUCGCCCGCAGUUCUUCCGGAUCGUCCUCUGGCUCUUCGCUGAAGAGUCCGCGCACGACACGUUUCGCAGAGGCGACUACAGUAAUCUCUCCUAUUGGACCCUCGGAAAGUGGACAAUCACCUUUCGCGGAUCCUCCAGCCAUGGCACAGAGCCAGCACCACGUCUCCGACGUGGGAUUUGGAUAUGUCGCCGAUAACGACGCCUCGAGGCAUGUCUCACAUCCUCCGCUGUCUCCGGCAUCGCCUCUGAAGAGCGCCCUCAAGAGCCCGUUGACCGGCCGGACAUUGAAUCCGCUUAGCCCGACCUUCCGAGAAGAGCUCAACUUGGAGAAACAGGAGAAGAAGACGGAGAGGGAGAACGCGCGAGACCUGGUGGGUUUAGAGGACUGCACCCUUCCACAAGCAGGAUCUCCCAGUGCUGACGGGUCUCCCAGAAAAUCAAAGCCCGAGUCCGACUGGCCAAGCUGCGUCAUGUGGGUGGUCGGGGCCGCCCUCUUCCAGAACGCCAAAGCAAGUGGGAAUGGCCAGGACCUGUGGGGUUGGUCGUGCAACCAGAAUACGCGGGAACAGCUCUUUCAGAAUGAUGUCAACUACAGUUUGAUCUGUCGUCUGCAGGACUGGUCUCUAGUGUGCGCCAUCAUCGAAGUGGUCAUCGAGGUCAUUGUCAUUCUGAUCUAUGCGGUGGUCUUCUACCGCUUUUACUCGAAGCAACGCCUCCGCAAGACAAUGGAUCUCCGGGAUAAAGCGCGGUCCGAUCUAUACCUGGCCCAGCUGCGGGUGCAAUCGGCACCAAACACGCCUGGGUUCAUGCCACACACCCCCAAAUCCCCCUACAUGACGACAGUCAUGCCGACACAGGACGCCUACUCGGCGGCGGAGAACGGGGAGAACUAUUCUGUGCAGUACGCGACUCCCAAGUCGCCUGAGAAGGCGGCCCAAAAGCCAUUCCAGCUGCAACCGCCACCGAUCCGAGUUCACCAUGCCACCCCGAAGCCGGCUCAAGAAGGCUUCGCUCCAACUUCCGGAGCCCCGACUUCCGAAGCCGCUGCUGCCGCCGAUGCCCCUGGACCGUCGGAGAGACCAUCAGAGCAGGUCAACCCGCAUGUCGGUGCUGCGCCGGGAGAGAAGACCUACGAGCCUGUCCCGAUUCCGAGCGCCUAUACCAGCCCAGUGACAAGCCCCAGUUUCCCUCCUCCGGCGGCUCAAGCCCAUCACUCCUCCAUGAGCUAG